AUGACGUUUCAAGUCGAGUUUGAGGUGCACCAGCAUACUUUUGCAUUUGCUUGUACCCAAUCUUGGAGUCCGAUUUUCCUGCCAGGUGCUGAGAUACGAAAGCUUUACCAAUUCAAAAUCUUCAGAAGUCGCUACAUCCAAAUGUCUGUUGCAAUCCAAAAGCAAUUCUAUGGCACUAACUCCCCAUGGGAGCUCAGUAUCGGCCAUUAUCGAGCAGUUCGCCAUGGCCAAUUGAUCUACGUUUCUGGCUCUACAGCAGCUGAUCCUGAUUCAUCCCCAAAUGCACCGGGAGUUCUCUUCCCUGGCGACGCACGAAAACAGGCCCUUUAUACAUUCGGAAAAAUUAUUGACGCCAUCAAAGCAUUAGGAGGUAGAGGUGCAGAAAGUAUUGUGCGCACUAGGAUGUUCGUCCGGCGACAGGAAGAUUGUUCUCCUGUCUCGGAGGCUUUCAGAGAUAUUCUUGGGAGAGAUAAUGGGAGUGGUAUUGGUACAGCGGCAACGAUGGUGAUUGUCGCCGGGUUCUGCGAUCCAAACAUGCUUGUGGAGAUUGAAUGUGAUGCGGUCGCGGAUGCUGAAUGA